AAUGUUCGAUGGUAACAGUAUACUGUAAGAUGCAGAGUUUUCAGAAGGAUCCUUUCUCCAAGUAGAGCUGAACAAUGCAAAUCAGUCCUCAAACUUGUUCCAUUUCUGGGCUCUGCAUCAUAAACUUACCCUCUGACCUACUGCUUUCACCUCCUGACCUUUUUCUGAGUUUGUCCUCCUCUGGACAGAUCUGUGGAUUUGUCCCUGCUGCAAUACUGUUUCUUUCAGCUUCAGAACUCCCUAUGUCAUCUUAGUGAUUGUGGUGUGAAGGUGCAUUGCUGAAGUCAGUAAGAACCUUACCGGUGCAUUUGACUACAUAGAGGAUAGUGCUUAUUCCAAUCUGUUUUCUAUUGGCUUGAUUUAUCGUUUGAGCUGUGAGUGGAGUUCAGGGCAGAAAGGACAAUACUGAGAACUUCAGUAACUAAUUGCAUCUUGUGUUUCUCUGAGGCCAUUAUGAAAUGUUCUCUGGGUCCCAGUGUGUUGAGACUCAGGAACUUCCUGAGCCAGAGGUGCUGUGGUUGUCCUGGUAGUGUGCCAUCGCUAGCUGCUGGCCUUUUCUUUGGGAGUUUGGCUGGACUGGGCGCCUAUCAGCUCUCACAGAAUCCAAGUAAUGUUUGGAUUUCUCUGAUUACAUCUGGAACACUGACUGCUGUCAUGGGAACAAGAUUUUACAACUCUGGAAAAUUCAUGCCUGCUGGGCUAAUUGCUGGUGUCAGUUUGCUAAUGGUUGGAAGAUUAGCACUGAAGAUGGUGGAAAAGCCCCAUGAUAAGUAACUGUUCUUUUAUAUUUAAUAUCUGGAUAAGGAAACCUGAUAAUGAAGUUGCAUGAAUGCAGAAGCAAGAAGAUGGAACAGUUUUCUAUAUCAAGACAAUUCUUUUCCUUUUUUUAUAUAAGGGGGAAUGGAAUGAUGAGACAGUUUAUGUACGAGGUGCCAUUGUUUCAGUGAUCUGGUAGAGCUAUUAUUGUGUAGUGAGAAAUUGGUCCUGGCUUUGUUUUUUUUCCAGACAAAUUUCAGCAUAUUUUAACACUUCCAGUUUUUGUAUUCCAAAAUACAUAUAUGAGGCAGAGAGGACCUAUAAUUAAGAAAACGUCCACAAAAAGACACCCAGAGUAAUUUGCUAAAUACAACAGUUUACGUCAUAAUACUGGGCGUUACAGUGUGCUUUACCUGUUGCAUUCUGAGUAGAUACACCAUGUCUCUAUAACACCAAACAGAUAUCACCUUUUAUUGUGAAAUGAUGCUGAAAUGUUGCUUUUCUACAAGUAAAAUCUGUUAAAAACCUUU